GACCCUGGAGUGCCACCAAUGAACCCAGAAUGAACCGGAAGUGCCCUAAAUCAAACCGAAAGUGACCCCAAAUAGACCGGAAGUGACCCCAAAUCAAACCGGAAGUGACCCCAAUGUACCAGAAAUGACCUUUUUAGACCGGAAAUGACCCCAAAUAAACCGGAAGUGACCUCAGACGAACCGAAAGUGACCCAAAUUAAACCGAAAGUGACCUAAAUAAACCGGAAGUGACCCAAAUCAAACCGAAAGUGACCCCUAAUAGACCGGAAGUGACCUCAGGUGAACCGAAAGUGACCCCAAAUGAACCGAAAGUGACCUUUUUUGACCAGAAGUGACCCCGAAUAAACCGGAAGUGACCUCAGCUAAACCGGAAGUGACCUGUAGUAAACCGGAAGUGUCCCAAAUAAACCGGAAGUGACCCAAAUUAGACCGGAAAUGACCCGAAUCAAGCCGGAAGUGAACCUAUUUCAACACUAAGUGCCCCAAAUAGCUACAUUUGCGCUAAGGUUUUCGGUUUUUGUCCGAUUUAACCCGUUUCAACAUUUUUACCCCAAAAGUGAACCUCCUGAGGCCGUUUUUUUUGUUUUGUUCCAAAUUUAGAAAGAUUUUGGCGCAAUUGCUUUUUUUUAUUUUCCCAUUCAUUCUCUCUAUGGGGAUUCAACAUUUGCUCUAACUUCUACAUUUCUUAACUGAUUCAACCCGUUCCAACUUUCCAACACGUGUGCAUGCACAAACACACACCCAGACACAUUAGAGCAGCAGGAACGGAGAGAAAGUAUUUGCACUGUAUGUGCUUGUGUGAAUGUGCGUGUGAGGACAUUGUUGUAUUUUCUGCGGUUAAUUAUUAUUAUGUGGGGACAAGCAGUACAGAAAAUGGAUGGAUGGAUGGAUAAUUAUGAUAUAAGUAUUAUCAUUAUAAAGUUACAUUGAUACUGCCUUGACAGUGUCCAUGAAAACAUUAUCAAACAUUAAUAAUAAUAAUUCAUUAAAUUUGUAGAGCGCUUUUCAAAAACCCAAAGACGCUUGAUAACAUUUAAUUAGUAAUAAGUAUAAAUGGAAAAUACUGUCGUCUUCAAAUUUUAUAUUAGCUCUAACAGGGUAAUCUUCGAACCUAGACAUAAUUUUGAAUUUUGACACUUUUGUUUUGUAAAAUCAUCGCAAUCAUUUUCACAGUAUUCCUUUUUAUGUUUGAGGGAAAUCCUGCUAGGAACCUUUAAUAUGGAGGAACUGUUUCCCUGCACUUCAUUUCCACUCGGUAGACGUUGCUGUUGUACAAGGCUCUCAGUUGGUAUCGGCACGCCAUUGUGACUGAAGUACUGCACCCUACUUUUCCCUCACACAGUUUUUAAAACAACGACAAAGGGAAACGACGAUGGCUUCGGACUCUUGGGCCCAGGCUGUUGACGAACAGGAAGCGGGAGCAGAAUCAGUAAAUAUUGGAAACCUUCAACUAAAGGAUGCACCUGGAGAAAACGCAGGCAGUACUUUUGGAAAGUCAGAAGCGGGAGAUAAGACUCCAGGAAAGACUACAGAUGAAGAUGACCGUGAAGACAAAGCGGCCCAGUCAUUGUUGAACAAGUUAAUCAGAAGUAAUCUUGUCAACACCACAAAUCAAGUUGAAGUUCUUCAGAAGGAUCCCAACUCUCCACUGUACUCUGUAAAAUCCUUUGAAGAGUUGCGACUUAAACCACAGCUCCUUCAGGGUGUCUAUGGCAUGGGUUUUAACCGGCCCUCCAAAAUCCAGGAGACCGCCUUACCCAUGAUGCUCGCUGAACCUCCACAGAAUCUAAUCGCCCAGUCUCAGUCAGGAACAGGAAAAACCGCUGCCUUUGUGCUUGCCAUGCUCAGCCACGUCAAUCCAGACCACAAAUAUCCCCAGUGCCUGUGUUUGUCACCCACCUAUGAACUGGCGCUUCAGACUGGCAAAGUUAUUGAGCAGAUGGGCAAAAACUACCCUGAAGUCAAACUAGUUUACGCCAUACGAGGAAAUAGGCUGCAGCGAGGCGUGAAGCUUCAGGAACAGAUAAUCAUUGGCACGCCCGGCACCAUGCUGGACUGGUGCAGCAAAUUGAAGUUCAUUGAUCCCGAGAAGAUUCAGGUGUUUGUGCUGGAUGAGGCCGAUGUCAUGAUCGCAACGCAGGGUCACAAAGACCAGAGUAUUCGCAUCCAGAGGAUGCUGCCCAGAAACUGCCAGAUGUUGCUGUUCUCAGCUACGUUUGAGGAGACCGUGUGGGACUUCGCCAGGCGCGUCGUGCCUGACCCAAAUAUCAUCAAAUUGAAAAGAGAGGAGGAGACGCUGGAUACUAUCAAGCAGUACUAUGUGUUGUGCAACAGCAAGGAGGAAAAGUUUGAAGCCCUGUGCAACAUCUAUGGCGCCAUCACCAUAGCCCAGGCUAUGAUUUUCUGCCAUACAAGGAAGACCGCAGGCUGGCUGGCGGGAGAGCUUUCCAAAGAGAACCACCAGGUGGCGCUGCUUAGCGGGGAGAUGCAAGUAGAGCAGAGGGCAGCUGUCAUUGAACGCUUCCGGAAUGGAAAGGAGAAGGUGCUUGUCACCACAAAUGUCUGUGCCAGAGGAAUUGAUGUGGAGCAGGUAUCGGUGGUGAUCAAUUUUGACCUGCCUGUAGACCAGGAGGGUAACCCAGACAACGAGACCUACCUUCAUAGGAUUGGCCGCACGGGUCGGUUCGGCAAAAGGGGGCUGGCCAUCAACAUGGUGGACAGCAGAAUGAGUAUGAACAUUCUCAACAGGAUCCAGGAGCAUUUUAAUAAGAAAAUUGAAAAACUCGACACACACGAUCUGGAUGAAAUUGAGAAAAUCGCCAACUGAAAGACAAGUGUGCUGACAAAGUGGACGCCAGCUAGACUUGCGCUCUGCAAAGACUGUAUGCUUCUUUAUGCUGGCUUUUUAAGUUUGUAUUUUAAGCCGUUAGGGUGGAGGGGGUAAAACCACAUAUACUGCACGUUUACAUACACUUCAGUCUGUGGAACAUACCCUAUUUCACUCUUUUUACUAUAAUAUUUUAUUUUGUAAUGCUGAAAAAGCUUAACUGUCAAGUAACUCCUAAAACCCCAUUUGACUCUGCUUUUCAUACAUAUAUGAACAUUUUUCAUGAAUGUAUCCUCUUUAGGUCAUUACAACAUUGACAGUGUGUGGAAA